AUGGAAACUGCCUUCAAGCAAUUUGAGAAAAGAAUUAAUGCCCUUCAAGAAUUAGAUCAAAAUGGGGAAUCGGGGUUUGCCCGAGAAUUUCAGGUAUAAAGGUUUUAAAUUUUGCUAUAUUUUGGUAUAAAUUGACUUGUGUUGCUGUAUAUAUCUUGGAAUAAUAUGUCAUAUUAUUGGUUUCCAUUCAGCGAAUAUUUAGGAUUCGUAUGUGCAUUAAUAUGUGCUAGUAUUCUUAUAGAAUAUAGCUUAUCGUGUGUUAUAUAGGAAUAUUAAAAAUAUGUAUGGUAGCCAAAGGUCUGUAUCUAAGAUUAUUUAGAUUAAAAUUAUUAUGAGGCCUUUGCAAGCUAGUUGAAUACACCCUUUCGAUAAUUACAUCACACAUACUUUUUGGUCUUGGAGCCUCGCUCUCAUUAGCAAAUUAUGCAAGAUGAUUGGCUCACGAUUCAUGAGAGCGAGGCUCCCAGGCCAAAUGACGUAAUUAUCGAACAAAUAUGUUACAAAUAUGUACAGUAUAUAUCUUCCUUACAAAAUUAAAAUUGUCAAUGAAAUCUGGUCACCCAUAGCUGCAAUUACCAUGGAAUUACCCGUAAGAAUGUAAAUGAUGCACAUGUUCAGCAAAUUAUGAUGAUCCAAGCUUUAUGGAUAGAAAGCUUUGUUAUAUACAGUACUUAUAUAUGCAAUAUUGCAUAUAGUAUUUUGAGAAAACCCCAACCAAUUUAAUGCUAGGGGUUGCUUGAAUCAGUGGCAUAACUGGCGGGUGUCUGGGUGUAGAGACGGGGGCCCUAGUAGCAAAAAUGACCAUAAAUUUUUUGCUAGUGCAUUGGGCAAAUUGGCUCGAGUGUCAGUUACAGAGGGCCAGAAAAUUUUAAAUAGGUGGCCCCCAAAAGCAGGAAUUUAUGAAAUUUGGACCCUUUUUUUAGCAGACAUCGAUGGGGAAAAAUUUUUGUGACUUUAUUUUUUACUUGUCAUAGUCCGGAAAGUUUUUUUGAAGCCCUUUUUUAAUUAAUGAAUAUCGUUCGAAAAGUUUUUUUCUUCCCCCACCCUGACCCCUGCCAACUUCUUUGAGGAAAAAAUCAGGAAGUUGCGUUACACCACAGUGCUUGAAAUCUAGUAAAAUUUACAUGAUUAGGUAUCUGAUUUUAACACGUUGAAAACAAAUGUAAGGAAAAUUAAUAUAAAUUGUGUUGGAAUUGAAGCAUUUACAAGAUUGGGUCAGAAAAUUAGAUCCACAUUGCCCCCACAAAGGAUUAAUUUCUGCUGUCCGGAUGGGUCUGAUAAUAGUAUAAGUGACUAUUAGGAUGUCUAAAGGGGAUAGGGGUUAUUACUUCCAAUUUCCUCUGUGAGGGAGGUUAAUAUGGAUGUUUUCUAGAAUGACGUAUUAGCUCAGUACAGCUCCAAUAUCAACAUGCACUGUUUUAAACUCUACGAUUUCUCAUGUAUUCAGGCGCUCAGACAGACAUCGUUCAAGUAUAAAGCGAAAGGAAACACUGCCUACGCGACGAAAGCCGGAGAAUGUCCUGUUAACAGAGCCAAGAACAGAUUCAAAGAUAUUUUACCAUGUGAGAUUAUUACAUAUUUAUGCACCUCAACAGAUUUUGAACUAUGAUAUCGAUUUCCGAUCCAAAAACAAAAUGAUGAAAUAUAAAUUCUCCUAAGUUUGCAUUUAUAUUAGCUAUAAGAUACUAUAAAUAUAUUCUUUUUAUAUGAUUUUAGUUGAUUACUCCAGAGUCACGCUUCCAUCAACUGAUGAUGACAAUUCCGAUUACAUCAAUGCUAAUUUUGUCCAG